CAUAAACACACGCUCCUCUGUCUGCUGCAAUCAGCGAUAUUCAAUCAUGUAUCUCACGUACAUGCAAAAAUUUUCUUUCUCUUGGCUGUGUCCCAGAGAGGAGUCUUAUUGCUGUACGAAACUGCGUUAAGUUUCUCUUCGGAGAUAAGUGCAGGAAGAAGCGAGUUUCUUUUGACAAAGUGAGUUUCUCUUGCGUUUGAAAUCAACCAGGUGCGUUUCUGGGCCCUUCAAAAUUUGGCGGGAAGAAAAUACGCCUGUACCUAUAAAACGUGCUCUUAAUUGGUUUGCAAUGCUCCUCGCGAAAAAUAUUGGCAUGAUGUCAAGAGGGUGAUAAAAUCAAGAUCAUGAGAGAGCUUUGAUUCUAACAAUUUUUACGAGUUUGAAACUGUCUCGCUAAGCACUCACUGUUUAUACAGAGGAUUAGAAUAUGCGUUUCAAAGUCGGUUGUAUUCCAUAGUUCGAAUCAGAUUGUCAUGGAAUGCCUUGUUCGCAUUUGUACUGUAAAUGUCAACUUUAGUACACUAUAUAUUAUGGUUUCCUAGUUUUUAUUAAAUCCCUUUUUCUUGAUGUUUCAUUUAACAGAUGUGGAAAGCGUGAUCUACAGAACCUAUGUAGCGGCGAAAGGAACAGGAACGUGUUUGCAUUUUGUAGGGAAAUUGUCUACUUUCUCCAAUAGAUGACACAUGAUUCAAAGAUCAGACGAGCAAAGAGGAUAUUUUUUGAUGAAUCAAGUUAAAAUGAAGUUUUUAAGGAGGAAUUCAUAGGCCUGCAUAACUCAGCUGACUGAAUGCUUUAUUCAUUGUCAUGGAGGCAGCUGAUCUUGUAUCGUAGAAAAUUAAUUUUGUCCGCUCAGUGAGGGAUUUUUCUGGUGGUGCAUGCAUGUACAUUAUGGCUUACAAAUUACCAACACGGUAUUUUAUGCUGUGUUCUUUUAUGAUUCUGAUGUUUUGGAUGUUAUUAAACAUGGUUUCUUUUAUGUAUUUGGGGUCGAACGAUAAAUAUUUAACCAAAGGAUACGGUAGACAUCUUCAAAACGACAGCCCGUCGGAUGAUUUCGAGAGAGAGAUGAUAGCGCAGGAGAAGGACCCUAGCACUUUGGGUUUAAUUCGAAAUAAGGAGGAUCAGAGAAUUAGAGAAAACGGUUACGAGAAACACGCUUUUAAUGAACUUGUUAGCAACAGAUUGGGGUUUUACCGUGAAAUACAGGACACUAGACACGAAUUGUAAGUAGCCAAUUUAAAUGUAUUUAACUGUUGACACAAUUAUGCUAUUUGUUGAACUCUAUAAUCUUAUAAACCAUUGCUUACGAUAACUGCUGCCUCCCCCUAAGUGAUGGAAAUCUGAUGGAUGAGUUCUAUGACUUAAGCAAACAUAUGGUAAAUAGGGAAACGCAAGAUUUCUUUUGAUCCAAAUUUUCAUAACAGCAUUACAGGUGAUUACAAGCAAUCCUAUUAGGGGGACAUCAGUGGGAGGAACGCACAAGGGUCAUGUCAUCCGUUUAAAUGAUCUUGAGACACUGCUGCUUCAUAGUGCUCUCCAAGUGCUACUGUGCUAAAAUCUUCUUGCUCUCUCUCCCAAUUACUGAGCAAUUUUUGAUGGAAAGGAAGUUUUCCAAUUUAUAUUGCCCCUCAAAAUUCUAAGAAUGCUCUUUUUUUUAAAAAAUCUAUGCUUGUUUAUUUAAAUUCUCAGCCAUUUCCAAAUGAUCCAUAAGCCAAGUAAGUUUUGAAGACCCAGGAUUCAAAGAGAAACUUAAGUCAUUUUCUUGUGGCUGAAUUUUGAUAAAGGAGGAGAUUAUUUCAUUUAUCUAUUCAAAAUAAUUGUUAGAGAAUUUUCUCAGGGGAAGCACAUUUAUAGAGCAUCUAGGAAAGGCAAGGUCCUCCAAGCCUGCCAGAAAGUAUGCUAGAGAUGAUUACUUCAACCCCAGAUAUACUCCAAUCAAUUUUCCAAAUUAAUUGUGUGAGUACUUAAUAAUUAUUAUUCCUCUUUAUUAUAUUGCAGGUGUAAAUCAAUGACAUACUCUUCAAAUCUACCAUCAGCCAGUAUCAUCAUUUGCUUUCACAAUGAAGCAUGGUCAACAUUAUUGAGAACUGUACACAGUGUCUUGAACAGAACAGCGGAAAAUCUAGUUCAUGAAAUAAUCUUAGUUGAUGACCAUAGCAGCUUAGAAACAUUGAAAGAUGAACUUCAAAAUUAUGUAAAAAAAUUACCAAAAACCAAACUAUUGAGGACAGCUCGGCGUGAAGGACUCAUAAGAGGGCGAAUGAUAGGAGCAAAGAAUGCAAUUGGUGAAGUGCUAGUAUUCUUGGACAGUCAUUGUGAAGUGAAUAAAGAUUGGCUUCCACCACUUCUGGAGAGGAUAAAAAAAAAUCCAACUACAGUUGUUUGUCCAGUGAUUGACAUGAUUAAUGCGGACACCUUUGAUUACCAGUCCUCUCCCUUGGUGAGAGGCGGUUUCAACUGGGGUCUUCAUUUUUCUUGGGAGCCUGUGCCCAAGCAUUUGCUUGUGAAGCCUGAUGACUAUGUUCUGCCCAUUAGGUAAGGAAGAAAGGUUUUUAACAUUUCUACUUGGUUUACGGUGGUCAAAAAUGCGUAAUCUAGUCUAGUCUGCACAGAAUUUGGAUAGAAUUUGUCACUGUACUUAUAUUAUUGUCAAUAGACCAUGUUCUUGCUCAUGAGUAAAAGAUUUGCAUUUGAUUAUUUUUCAUCCCUUAUCUCACAUUUUCCUGUGAGCAUAACCCUUUAACUCCUAAGAUCUGAUUGUUUAUUCUUCUCUCUAGCUGCUACAUAUAUCCUUGUAAAUUAGUUAUGAGAAUUUGGUAUAAGAUCAAGACAACAACUUCUACCUGAUGACUUUGAAUAUUCUCAUUACCUGUUUGCUGGAUAGUGUAAGGAUACUAUAAGCAGGAGUUUAAUGUUGAUCACUUCUGGGAGUUAAAGGGUUAACAGUGAAAUCAGAUCACAAACUGGAUAUCCUAGAGUGCAGAUCUCAGCUGAGAUCUUGGGUGUUUAAUCUGUGGAAUGAAUAUUUGGAGUCAAACCUUCUUUUGCUAUUAUCAGUCAAUUAACAAUUAUUUCAACUUGUUCAGCUGAAUGUCCUGCACUUCAUGGUUCUAACUUGGCUUUGCUUUGAAUUCUUAUUGGCUCCUAGUGAUAGUUUCCUUUGUAGAAACGAUAAACCAUGAGUAAUUAAUUUGUCUUAAUUUUAAUUUGUCUCUAUUAACAGAUCACCUACCAUGGCUGGAGGCUUGUUUGCCAUGGAUCGUAAUUAUUUCAAUCAGCUUGGUCAAUAUGAUGAAGGAAUGAAUAUUUGGGGAGGUGAAAAUCUGGAGAUCUCAUUUAGGGUAAGUAAUACAAGUAUCGCACAGAUGCAACAAAAACUCAAGAGAAGCUUCACCAGCUGUAGGAUUGAUCAGUCUCUUUAACCCUUUGAAAGAGUGGCUAAGAUCUAUUACCUCUAAAUCAAACAUUAACCCUUAACCCCUUAGAGUGACCAGCUUCCAAUUUCUCCCAACAAUAUCACCCCUGAAUCAAACAUAAGGUCACAAGAAUUAAGGAAAUGAUCACUAACUUAUAAAGUUCUUGAUUUUUAAACAAAUUCUCCUUGUCAGCACUUGAGGAAAUGUAUAGAGAACAUUAUGGAGAAAAUACAUACUGAUGUUAGGGUGUUAAGGGUUAAGGUCAUGGGAAUAAAAAAAUAAUCACUAACUGAAAAGCACUUAUUUAAACUUUUGGCUGAAAGGAGGACAGGGGUACUUAUUGGAAGGAGGGAGCUUAAUUGAGGGUGGUGCUUGUUAGGAAACUAUUAAUCUGUGAUUACGGUAUCUGCUGCUUUCGCCCCCUAUCGAGUUCGCCCCUACCUUAUACCGUGUUUGCCCCCACACUUUUCGAGUUCGACCCCAUCAAGUCGAGUUCGCCCCUUGAUUGAGUGAUAUCCAGAUGAGUUGAUUCGUAAGUUGAUGAGUAAAUUCUUCAGUCUUAAUUUCAUAAAUAAAGCUAAACGGGUACAAGUGUAACAACUUAAGUAAUUCUGUCGCGAUGAAAGCGUGGUUUGCAUCUUCUCAAGUCUGGUUGUUACGAUCACCACAUUUCGUGUUCGUUAGAUAAACGGUGUGGUUCUCUUUAUCACAAGUUCAGUGUAUACAGUUAUUUCUGGUAACCCCAGAUCCCACGCAGAGUAUUUAGAUGAUUCCGUCAACCCAGUUCCCAUUAGCAGGUUCCACGCAAUUGCCGAAAUUCAAAAUGGUCGUCGCUGACGUGACAUUUGGCACAUUCUGCUAGUGCCUUUGUCACAAAUCGACUCAUCUGGAUAUCACUCAAUCAAGGGGCGAACUCAACUUGAUGGGGUCGAACUCGAAAAGUGUGGGGGUGAACACGGCAUAAGGUGGGGGCGAAUUCGAUAGGGGGCGAACACAGUGCAAUUUGUGCUUACUCUGCAGUAGUUGAAGCCUAAAAAGUUAAAAAUGAGGUGGCAAUAGAAACAAGUUUCCUUGUAUCCCUCAUAUCAAGAAAGUGCAGGAGGAGGGAUGGGACACUUAUUCAAAGGGGUGCUUGUGUGAUGGGAAGGUGCUGAUUUGUGGGGGAUGGGGGGGCUUAUUCAAGGGAAGAGGAUAAUUUAUGUAGAACGCAAAACUUUUUCUCAUUACUGUAUAGAUCUGGAUGUGUGGUGGUUCCCUUGAGAUCAUUCCCUGCUCUAGAGUUGGACACAUAUUUCGUAGAUGGCGCCCUUAUGGAUCAGAUUCACAAGGUGACACUAUGUCGUACAACUCAAUGAGGGUUGCGGAAGUAUGGCUUGAUGACUACAAGAAGUAUUUUUAUCAAAUCAAGAAAGAUCUUGUGGGUAAACCCUUUGGAGAUGUAAGUGCAAGAACUGAGCUAAGAAAGAGGUUGAAUUGCAACAGUUUUAAGUGGUAUAUGGGAAACAUUUACCCUGAACUGAGACUUCCUGAGAAAGGUGCUGGUGGUAAUAGUGUUAUCUGGAAUGCUGCAUCACGAAAAGAUAAAGUGAUUGUUAAUAAAGGAAAUGUAAGUAAAAGAUCAGUUUUGUCAAACUUUUUACUCUAAGAAAAUCAUAAAAAUGAAACUUUCCCUGGCAAUUUCAGAUCACUGUCAGUAUCUGAUCAACUAUGCACCUACCCCUCCCCUAGCUCAACAAUAACCCUAAGCUGUUAUCAGUUAACUGUUGUUGGGUUAGUGGAGGGGUAGGUGAGCAGUUGCUCAGAUACUGACAUUGAUCCACAAUUUUGAUGAAUUGUCUGGCAAACUUGUAAUGAGAGUUUACACAUCUAUCAGCUGUAUGGUUGUACUCCUUAUGAUAGCAAUAUUCUUGCUAUGAGAAUUUCUAUUUGAAACAGUUGCUGCAGUGAAACUUUAUGUGACACCAAAGUUUUUGAGCCAUGAAAUUUAGUAGAAACAAUUGCAGUACUAUAUACAAGUACAGUACUGCUGACUUGUUUGUGCACAAAAAUAUAGUUUUUAACUUUUAGAUCAUUUGUAGUAAUGUGGUAAAACAACAGUCCAAUUUUAAACUACUGGUUUGCAAAUGCUUGUUUAACCCUGGACACCUAAGGGUGAUCAGCUUCUAAUUUCUCCUAAUAAAUCUCCCUGAAUCACACGAAUAGAGGAAAUAAUCACCAACUAAUGAAGCUUUUCAUUGUUACACAAAUUCUCCUUGUCAGGGCCUUAGGAAAUGCUUAGAGAACAGUAUGGAGAAUAUGCAUUGUAAUGUUAGGAUGUAAAGGAUGAAAGCAAUUCACCUUAGCAAAAGGCAUCAAAUGAACCAUUGAACUGAAUGCAAUUUAAGUUUUUCUUUUGAGCCUAGAAGAGAUGUUUACUGCAUCUAGGAUGGUUGUAUAACAACGGUCUUCUACAUCUGCAUGAGGCCACAUUGGCUGUCUUCAAAUGAGUUUUGAUAACAUAGAGAUAGGCUAAAAUUAGCCUUUAACUUCGUACACUUGUUGUGACAGCUCUUUGUUUUAUCUUACAGCUCCAGAAUGUUGGCAGCCUCUUGUGUCUUGACAUUCCUGGACAGUCAAGUGAGAAGCAAGCCUCUGCUUUGCUACGCAAUUGCAAAGAGACUCAUGCCAAGGUUAGUCAAAAUCACGAAUUCUACCAUGCUUGAGGACACAGUUGCCAUAUGGGUAACACAAUGGACUUCUGAUCAAGAGGCCUGGGUCUGAGCCUUGGCUGGGUCGUCAUUUUGUAUUUUGGGGCCAGACACUGAAUACUCUAUCAGGGCCCCUCUCUAACCAUAAGUGGGUAUUAGUGAACUUUUAGCAAAAUUUGACAAAACACUGCCGCACAAUCUACCAUAGACUAGUGUCCCAUCUAGGAGAAGUAGACAUGUACUCCAGGGAACCAGUAGAUGGCUGGCUGCAUGGAGUGGAUGGGUGACAAUUUAAGGGCUCUUUCCCAAGGUCUUAGAGCAUGCUUCACUACAAAAUAUUAUUUUUGAAAUGUAGAGGCUCUGAAAUGCUAUUUUAUGCAUUCUCUUGGAAACCAUUGUCAAAAACCUGAGGCCUGUCACACAUAGCCCAAAUGGGAACCUCUGCCCAGUUGCUUUAAAGAGGGAAAUUACAAUUUAGAGGGUAAGUGUUGGCCAAAUGUGCACUGAGCCUCUCACUCGAUUGAGAGUUAUCCAGUGCAUAUAGCAUUAUCCACCCUUCAAACUACUGGGGUCUUUAGGCUGUCCCCUUGACAGCAUUUAGUUUAUUACAAUUUAUAAUCUUUUGAUUUCACAAUGGACCCUUUUGUAGGUUUGGUCACUCAACCAAGGCAAUGAAUUGAAAGUGGAUCGCUUGCUCUGCCUUGAAGUAACCAGACAUGAGAUGUUGAAAGUUAUGAAAUGUCAUGGACAAGGAGGAGCUCAAGAAUGGCGGCAUAAUAAGGUACGUACCUUAUCAUUCACAAUGAUGACAAACAUGGCGUUCAAAUUAUAAGCUGUAAAUGACCAGGCUGUGGUUUGUUUGGACUAAAAAUAUUACCUGAAAGGAUCAGAAUCACCUGUGAGAAUUUGUAUGGUUGCCCCAAUCAUACGGAUUAGAGCUUUGGGCUGGAUUGUUCAAAGCUGCAGGCUUUAGAUAACCCAGGAUUAGUGAGAAAUCUGAUUUCAGAUCUGAAAGCUGUAGAAUAAAAUUCAGUCAAAUUUUUUUUGUUCAGAAUAUGAUUAUUGGAUGCUCUAAAAAGAAUGCAGAAAAGUAUCCCAAAGGGGCUUUUGACUUGAGGAAUAAAGAAACCUGGAUUCAAAUUUAACCUUGGGUUAGUGCUAAUCAACCUUUGAUCAACUGGGUCUUGUACUCUUUUGGUGAUUUUGGAUUCUCUUACCCUUAGAUUUUCCAAUUUUAAAUGGAGAUUGUUUUCUUAUUGGUCUUGAUCAUAAAAACAAAGUUUGAUUCCAUGGUGUACUUGUCUGGUGAGCAGUUAGGAAAGGACUCUUGCUGAUGUUGGUGAUUGCAAAGUAAUCACCAAAGUCAGGUGCUUGACAUUCACAGUUCUUGUCACAAAAAUUCACUACUCUCAUUCAUUGAUCAAGGAAAACUUGGGCUCUAUCUCUUGAGGUUAAACUCUUUAUUUUUAACUUUUCUUUAAGGUCAAACAUUUUAUUUGUGACAGGUUUACUUUUCAGGUUCAAUGUUUAAUUUAAUCUUCCCUGUUUAUGUUUAAGACUCUGCAGUUGUACCACAGAGCAUCUGGUUUGUGUAUGAUGUCUACCAAAAAAGCAACUGUGAAGAUGGAAAUCUGUGAUGAUAGCCUCACCCAGAAAUGGUACUUCACAACUGACUAAGGAGGAGAAACUGAUAUAAAGAAGUCUGGCAAACUCAUCUGUGGGAGAGUAUGUGAUAUCUCGAAAUAAUGCCAAUCUGAUAGAAGGUGGAAACCCAUGUUAGCUGUCAGACCAUUUUGCACCAGCUAUGUUUUGAAUUGUGAUUAUAUAGAAAAUGAUUAUUUUUUAAAUGAUUCUAACAUCAAUGUAUAGCCAAAGAAAAGUUUCUCAAAUAUGUUCCCGAAUGCUGUAAAUCAUAUCUCAUCACUUUACUAUUUAUUGAUAUUGUGAGAAAUUACUUUUUUUGGUCAUUCCUGUUUGUGAAAAAGUUUAAAAAGGUUACAAUAGGCUUAACUCUUUAACUCCCAGAUCAAAUUUGUAAUUCUCCUUACUGUUAACAAUACAAUUCUUAUGUUAGUUCAGAGAAUGUAGUUCUGGAUCAACUAAUCAUCCUCAAAUUUAUAUUUUUCUUUAUUCUCAUUUCUUAUCUAUUAGAUGUUGUAUUGAUAUUGUAAGGAGAAAUUCUGUCUUGGUCACUCAUGAGAGUUAAAUGGUUAAGAUAACACUUUUGAACUGGCUCACUAAUUUUAUAUUCAGACUUCCAAUUAAGUGGCCUUUCCCUUCAAGGUUACCUGGACAUCUUGAUGUAAAACAUGGAUACUGCCUCAAAAACUGAAAAAUUUUAAACAAGUCUACAGACUAUAAUAUGUAAAUUAAAGGAUCUCAUGGUUAUAUUUUUGUCCAAGAAAAAAGAACUUGAAAAAAUUUGUUCCCUUCAAUUUCUACACAAAAAAUGACAUUGAAAUUUACCACAAAGUCCUCUUUUCUCUAUUGAACCUUAUGAUGUAAACAAUUUAUCAUUUUAUGCUUAAUUCAUGGAAGGAAAUUAUUGACUGUAAAUUGUAUUCUAUUUAUCAAUGUUACACAAUCAUAUUUUCA